AUGAAAAAGGCAGCAGAAAGAGAUCACCUGGAAGAUGUUGACAUUAACGCAAUCAAGGAACAAGACGAAACAUUACAAGAGCAUGGCGAGAUCGAUAUCAAUGACGAAACUUACAACAAGAAGCUCAACCGACGUCUCGACCUACGAGUAUUGCCACUGUGUUGUUGGGUGUAUCUUCUCAACUUCCUUGACAGAGGCAACAUUGGAAAUGCCCGAGUACUCAACGAAGAAACUGGCGAUGAUAUGCUCAGCAACACUGGCUUGACACCUCGUGGUUACGCACUGACAGUCACACUCUUCUCUGUCGCUUACGCUGUAUUCGAGGUCCCCAGCAACUACGUUAUGAAGCAUUAUAUUCGGCCAUCGUUAUGGCUUGGUAUCCUCUUAUUUGCAUGGGGAGCUUUGACCAUCGGAUUUGCAGGUGUGAAGAACAGCGCCACGAUUAUCGUUUUGAGAUUUCUCAUCGGGGUGUUUGAAGCGGGAUUCUUUCCUGGCAUCGUAUACUUCAUAACCAUCUGGUAUCGCUACAACGAGCGCGCCGUCCGCAUCGCCCUCGUAAUCGCCUUCUGCAACCUCGCCGGCGCCUUCGGAGGCGCCAUCGCCUUUGGCGUCGGCCACAUCAACGGCGCCGCCGGUCUCCAAGGCUUCCGCUGGCUCUUCAUCAUCGAAGGAAUCAUCACACUCCUCUCCGCCUUCCUCCUCAUAUUCUUCCUUCCUGACUACCCCACACGCGCCAAAUGGCUUAGUGCCGCGGAGAAGAAGUUCGCCAUUGAUCGCCUUGCCGAGCGCGGUGGAGGAUAUAACCAAGAACACGCUUCGCGAAAAGAGAUUCUGGACACGUGUUUUAGUCCACGUAUGCUGUUGCAUUAUAUUGCGUAUAUCGCGGAUGUGGUGCCUCAGGGUUCUUUUACGUUUUUUACUCCGACGAUUGUUACGGGGUUGGGUUAUACUUCUAUUCAGGCGCAGUUGCUUACUGUACCGCCGUGGGUUGUGGGUUUCUUCGUUGCGAUUACGAUUUCCUACUCUGCGGAUCACUUUAAUGCUCGCGGGUGGCACAUCACAGUUGCAUCACUUAUCGGCGGUACAGGUUGGCUUACAGCGGGUCUUUUGCCGGCAGAUGCGUAUGUGCAACGCUAUGGUUGCUUAUGCAUGGCUGCUGCUGGUGCGUUUCCAGCUGCACCUUCCAUGACGAAUUGGGUCACUUGCAAUUCGCCCAGCUUCCUUACUCUGCCGCUUGCAAUUGCGUUGCACAAUUCUUGCGCGGGUAUAGGGCAGAUUAUCGCACAGUGGAUUUGGAAGAGUAACGAGAAGGGCGAGGGGUAUUCUACGGGGAACUUUGUUUGUGCGGCUUGUAGUUUUCUUGUUGCGGGUAUCGCGACGGGACUGAGGCUUUGGUACGGGAGGAUGAAUCGGUUGGAGAGGAGUGAUAGUAGAGGUGAUCAGAGGGUCUGGGCAUUGUAG